UUCUUUUGGGGUUCAAUUCAGCUUCUAUAGGGAAUUUGUCAUCGUUGUGGUUAUUGGAACUCUCGGAUAACAAACUCAAUGGCACAAUACCCCAAAGUUUGGGAAAACUAACUGAGCUAUCAAUACUGGACCUGGUAGAAAACCAUAUGGAAGGUGUUUUGACAGAAACCCAUUUAGCCAAUCUCACAAGAGUAGACUCUUUCAUACUCACAACGUACCCUAACAGGUCUUUGAUUUUUAAUGUGAAUCAGGAUUGGGCUCCUCCUUUCAGGCUUAAAACUCUGGUACUGAUUAAUUGCUUGGUAGGUCUUUCUUUUCCAGUUUGGCUGCAAGUUCAGACCCAUCUUUCCUAUGUUAUAAUUUCAAAUGCUGGGAUUUCGGACACCAUAGAAGAAGAAUGGUUUGACAGGUUAUUUUCUAAUUCCUGGUACGUAGACCUGUCAAACAAUUCCAUCAACGCCAAACUACCGUUGGAAGUUCACUCCGAAAGGUUGGAUGUUGUUGAUUUGAGCAGGAAUCGUUUCGAGGGCUACAACCCUCUUUGGUUGACUAAUGCAACAGAUGUGUAUCUACAGAGAAAUUCAUUUUCAGGUUCUAUUGCGGACAAUAUCGGGGAACUAAUGCCAUGGUUAAAACUUUGUUUCUUUCUCGGAACCAGAUCUGCGGCAGGCUGUCAUCAUCGAUAUCCAAGAUGAAGCGGCUGAAAUUUCUCUCUGUCGGUUACAACAGACUCUUCGAACAACUCCCGGAUUGUUGGAAUAGAUUGAGAAGCUUAAAACUUUUGGAUGCCUCCAACAAUAGCCUAUCUGGUGAAAUCCCAAGUUCCUUAACUUCGUCAUGCAACCUUGUUGUGUUUAUGUUGGGCGACAAUAGUCUUCGUGGGAAGAUUCCUUUUCCACUAGAUAGUUGUCGGGAAGUACCAUGGUUUUACGUUCUUAACUUCGAUCAAACCUGCUUGAGGGGAACAUUCUUGAAAAACUUUGUUAUCUUUCUAAUAUCCACCGUUUAGAUCUUUCGAACAAUAAUCUUAUUGGGUCCAUUCCCAAGUGUUUCCACAAUUUCACCGCCUUGAAAUACGGGAAUGCAACUUUGGACUACGAGUAUUUGUUUGAAGUCCAAGAUAACACCAUUGGUGAGCAAACAAUGCUGGUCGGGACAAAGGGAGGGAGCUUGAGUAUAGCAAAACUUUUCUGAAGAUGAAGAACAUUGACCUUUCUAGGAACAAACUUACAGGUGAAUUCCCCAUAGGUCUAUGUAACUUGGCCUUUUUGGACACGUUGAAUUUAUCGAGAAAUCAUUUAAGUGGAAAUAUUUCCGACAACAUCGGUGAUUUACGAUGGUUGAAGUCCCUUGAUUUAUCGUUCAACAAAUUUUCAGGUCCCAUUCCUCGAAGCCUCUCAUCAUUGACGCUAUUGAAUCACUUGAACUUGUCUUACAACAACUUAUCGGGAAGAAUCCCAACAGGGAAUCAGCUCCAGACGCUCAACGAUUCAUCCAAUUACGAAGGCAAUCCAUUUCUCUGUGGGUUCCCCUUUCAACAAGCUGUCCAGGAGACACCAUCUCUCCUACCACACCAUAUUCUCGAGAUGGUGGUGAUUCGAAAGACAAGUUGUUUCUCUAUCUUAGCAUUGCUAUGGGAUUCAUUGUGGGAUUUUGGGGUGUUUGUGGUACCUUGGUUUUGAAGGAAUCAUGG